AUGUCUUUCUAUGGGGUCCAAGCCCAAGUAGAAGACGGGUCUAAGCUUGAAAAGUACGAUUUCGAGGCAGACGCAUCUGCCCUCGAUCCCACUAUCGACGAAAAGAACGACGAGACAUUCGGAAGAACCGGUCAAGUAGGCAAGGACUUUGACUUUGCUGGUCAAACUGCAAGCGUUGCUGGCACUCUUGAUGAGGAGGCCAUAAAAUACGAGCGUCGCUCCCAGUCCCAUAUUCCUGCUUUGCAGCCUCUGGCAUCCUUGUGGCAGACUCCAGGUGACCCCAACGCGUUUGACCAGCUUCAGCAGCAGCCUCAGCAGCCUAUGUCAGUCCAGGAGCUCGAGCAGAUGAUGCGUUCUAUGCCUAUGCCUGGUAUGCCUAUGCCUAUGGGUAUGCCAUCGGGAAUGCCUAUGAUGCCCCAAGGCAUGCCUCAGAUGCCCCAGGGCAUGCCGCAAAUUCCUCAGGGUAUGUCUCAGAUGCACCAGGGUAUGUCCCAGAUGCACCAGGGUAUGCCUCAGAUGCAUCCAAUGGCUCAGGGGAUGCCCCAUAUGGGUAUGCCAGGUAUGCAGCCUAUGGGUAUGGCGCCCCCAGGCUUCCAGCCUUGGGGUUACGGUGCUCCUAUGAUGCCAGGUAUGGUUCCCCCACACAUGAUGGGACAGAUGGGCCAACCUGGUAUGGGGAGUCAGGAGGGUCAAACCUCUUCGCCUGCUCACCAGCAAGGGACCGAGAAUACCCAGGCUCAGGUUCAGGCCCAGGCUCAGGCCCAGGCCCAGGCUCAUGCUCAGGCCCAGGCCCAGGCUCAUGCUCAGGCCCAGGCCCAGGCCCAGGCCCAGGCUCAGGCCCAGGCUCAGGCUCAGGCUCAGGCUCAGGCUCAGGCUCAGGCUCAGGCUCAGGCUCAGGCUCAGGCUCAGGCUCAGGCUCAGGCUCAGUCCCAGGCUGAGUCCCAGGCCCAGGCUACUCAAGCCCCGAGUGCCGAGCCUGUUCAUGUACACGAAGAAACCAAACAGGUUGAAGAGGCCAAACCGGCCAAGUCGGAAAAAGCAGCCAAGCCCGCUCGUCAGCCCAAAGAGGAGAGGAGCUCAAAGGUUGAUAAGCCCGUGAAACAAGCGUCUCCUGCUGCCAAUUCCGAAGACUCGAGGUCUGGAGAGACUCUUUACAGCUUGAAUCGCACUAAUCGUCCUGUGAAAUCAAUUUCCGAGGCCCGUUCGGCCUUGCAGGCCCAGGCUGCUGCCGACAGAGAGAAGCAGGCGUCUCGUGACCGCCAGCGAUUCAAUCGCUCUCGGUAUUCAGGUUUGAUGGGUGACUGGGACAAAAACUUCAUCAUGCGACUGCAGCUCCAGCAGCUGGUUUCGCAGGAUCCUGACAGCGACGAUUUCUAUUAUCAGGUGUACUCAACCAUCCAAAAGAACCGCAGUGGUCCGCACCAACCUCUGAACGCAUUUGCCAAGAUUUAUCUUCGUGGGCAAGGCCAGCGUCAGCGUCCUAACCGUCGCAACGAGCGCCAGGCCCUGCUGCAGCAGGUGAAAGAGGUUGUUGAGAAGGUUCGUAGCCGCACUCCUAAGGAGCGGGCGGUUCACGAAGGAAUUUUAGGCUCCCAGCCCUCGGUCGGUAAUGCUGUUCGGCCUCGCAAGGCACUGGACCUGCAAACCGGCAACUUGGAUACGCGCAAGACCACCAGCGAUGUCUACCGACCUGCGGAUGUUCCGUUCAUUAUUGAGACAGCGUUUGGUGCAGUGCUCGAUCUCGAAGCCCAUGAGCGUCUCCGACCUGCCCCCGACAGCGAAGCAGCUGCCGAUUGGGCUGCCGCUAUCCCGCAGCUUCAAGACACGCUCUGGGAUGCGCUCAAGGUUUUGGACCCAGUUGACCCGAACAAGAACCAACCGUUUGUUAUGAUGUUGGCACACAACAAGGGAAAGAAGCUGCUGCCUCGUGUUUUCCCUCACCUCGAUAACCGCCGAAGACUCACCGUGUUCACCCGUAUGGUGUCUGCCAUUGACCAGCUGGAUGUGGUAAAGAACGGGGCAUACGAUGGCGAGCAGGAUCUUCCCGCUAAUGUGCGCAAGUCUAUUGACAUUUUCAGCCAGACUGUGCUGCCCCCUAUUGUGCACCUCAUCUCUGAAGCCGAGCUCGGGAUCGUCACCGGCUUCUUUGACAUUUUGCUGUCGUCAACAGACCUGAUACACCUCACACGGACAAAGGUGGGCCAGACCAUUUUCACAGUGCUCAUUUCGCGGGCCGAGCUAAUUCUGCAGGAGCAGCCUGAAAAUGAAACCAACCCGGAGAUCGAGGCCUGGAAGCUGUCGUUUGCUCGCCUGUUCAACGCGAUCAAGAGCGAUCUGGGCAAGCUGUUCCCCCCGCGCCAAAUCGACAAUUCUUACGUGUGGCACUUUUUGGCGUCGCUGGCGUUGGCGGCAGAUCUCGAUAUGCAGCGCGAGCUCGUGGACGGAGUGCGCGACCGGAUUUUCGCGACAAUCUCCGAAGCCAAGGCACUGCCUGUUGACGUGGGCACCCCCAAAAUCACAAACCUCAACAUGUUUUUGAACGUCAUGGGCCUCAAUGCUACAUUCGACGAUAUCACUGAACUUUAG